AUGCCCGCGCCGAACAAGUUCACCUACAGCGUCGCGGCAUCCUUCAUUGGCAAGGACCGACCAUUCGACCCUUCGCAACACGUCUUCCACUUCAAUCCAUAUCACCGCCAGACUCUCCCGUCGUCGAAGCCUACCACACGGCCCGAUUCCGGUCAUGACGCAUUCUUCGUCAGUCAUGUCAAUGACACAGGUUCCACAGCUUUCGGCUUGGCCGAUGGUGUUGGAGGCUGGGUUGACUCUGGGGUCGAUCCGGCGGACUUUUCGCAUGGGUUCUGCAAUUACAUGGCGGAGGCAGCGCGGGGGUACACACCACAAGAAGGUCGAAGGCUCUCGGCACGGCAAUUGAUGCAGCAAGGGUAUGACGCCGUGUGCCGCGACAGGAGCUUAAAGGCCGGAGGCAGUACAGCCUGCGUUGCCAUUGCAGAUCCAAGCGGAACAAUCGACAUUGCGAACUUGGGCGACUCAGGAUUCCUGCACUUGCGACUGAACGCGGUCCAUACAGUGUCCGAGCCACAGACGCAUGCGUUUAACACGCCAUUUCAGCUCAGCCUGGUACCCCCAGCGAUGGCUGCGCGUAUGGCGAACUAUGGGGGCCAGCAGCUAUGCGAUCUGCCGCGCGAUGCCGAUGUCUCGAAACAUGACCUUCGACACGGCGACGUGAUCAUCCUAGCGACGGAUGGUGUCCUGGACAAUCUGUUCAACCAAGAUAUCCUGCGCGUGGCUAGUCGCGUCAUGACAUCCACGGGCGCUUGGCAGGCAUCUGAGAAGAGCGGGAUGCGUAUCCCAGAUACAUUGAAGCGCUACACGGACGCGGUUCAGGAUGAGAACGGCAAGCCAGUCACUCUACAAAGCAUGCUCGCCACAGCCCUCGUUGGCGCAGCGAAGCGAGCCAGCAUAAACACCAGAGUUGACGGUCCGUUUGCCAAGGAGGUCCGCAAAUACUAUCCCCAGGAGAACUGGAGAGGCGGCAAAGUCGACGAUAUUUGCGUCGUUGUGGCUGUGGUGUCCGAGGAGGGCAACCCCAAGGCCAAGUUGUAA